CCUAUAGAAAUUUUAGUAUUCUAUAUAUACCCUUUCUUCUUCCAUUUAUUUUUUUCAAAAUAAACCACUCUUUUUCCCUUCUUCACAACCUCCUCCUCUUCCCUCUUCAUCUUCAUAUCAUGGUUUCUCAUCAAAAUAUUUCUCCUUUACUGCUCACUAUCUGUGCAUUCUUCGUUGUCGCCACUGCUUGCUCUAAUGGAACAUGCAAGCUGGACGACAAAUGCUCAACGGACGCAGAUUGUGAAGCUGGGCUUUUUUGUUUUUCUUGUACUGUAUCUUUUUCAGGAAACAGAUGUGUUAGAUCUACCGGCACAAACCCAUUUAAGCUAGUGAAUAAUUCUCUACCAUUCAACAAGUAUGCAUUUCUGACGACCCAUAAUGCUUUUGCCAUUGAGGGAGAGCCAUCACACACUGGGAUCCCCAGAAUAACCCCUACCAAUCAAGAGGAUACUGUUACUCAACAGCUCAAUAAUGGUGUUCGGGGUUUAAUGCUUGAUACCUAUGAUUUCGACGGAGAUAUAUGGUUGUGCCACUCAUUUGGAGGCAAUUGUCACGACUAUACGGCAUUUGAACCAGCAAUAGACACAUUGAAGGAAAUUGAGGCAUUCUUAUCAGCAAAUCCAUCAGAAAUUGUGACAUUGAUCUUAGAAGAUUAUGUAGAGACACCAAAAGGUUUGACCAAAGUGUUCACAGAUGCAGGACUAAUGAAAUAUUGGUUUCCAGUGUCAAAAAUGCCCAAAGGUGGUCAAAACUGGCCCCUUGUUAGUGACAUGGUGGCUAAUAACCAAAGACUAAUUGUUUUUACCUCCAAAAAGUCCAAAGAAGAGAGUGAAGGAAUAGCUUACCAAUGGAAUUACAUGGUCGAAAAUCAAUAUGGGGAUGGAGGAAUGAAAAAAGGAAGUUGUCCGAAUCGGGCAGAGUCAUCGAAAAUGGAUGAUACAAGUAAAUCUUUGGUGUUGGUAAAUUACUUUAGGUCAGUGCCAUUGAAGCCAUUGGCUUGUGUUCAGAAUUCAGGGGAACUUCUUGACAUGCUUACGACUUGUCACAAUGCUGCGGCUAAUCGCUGGGCUAAUUUCAUCGCCGUUGAUUAUUACAAGAGAAGUGAAGGAGGAGGUGCAUUUUUAGCUACAGAUACUCUUAAUGGGCAGCUCUUGUGCCAGUGUAGUGAUGUACAUUCCUGUUCGACGGGAUCUACUACCCCUGGAGCCUGCAGUUCUCGAUCAUGACAAGGAAAAAUUGAUAUUAAAAGAAUAGAUUACAGUACUUUUUUAUUUUGAUUUUUUCCUUGUUUGGAAAUCUCUAAAAUGAGAAGAAAACAUUUGAAUAUGUGUUUUGCACCUUAGAAAAGAAAUAUAAAAGGUAAAAGAUGGUACUAUG